CUUUAUUAUGAAGUGAUUUGGUGGAUUGCUCUAUUUUCUGAUGUACCCGCCGAGAGUGUGGAGACUUAUUGAUGCGAUAGCAUGUUAACGAUAAUUAUUUCAAAGCACUGUGUGUCUUAGGAUAUUUAAAUAACAGACUUUAAAGAUGGGUUAAGACUUAGAUAUCAAAGUGAGAAUUAUUUGUGGUGAAAGAAAGGCAAAACUUACGCCGUGUGUAGCACUGAAGAUGUGAGUGGUCACAACGUGACAGCGAGUUUUGAGGAUGUGAGUGUUCCAGGGACAGAUACACUCGCAUGAAUUCUUAGCAAAAUGUCUUCCUUUCCUGCUGUGGAAUCCGUUGUCAAUGUGAAGGAGGUGUGAAUGUGGGUUGUAAGAAAUAAAGAAAGUUGUUGUGUAUGCCGCUAUUUCUUCAGGGAAAGUAACAUUUAACAUGCAUAUUUUAAUAGUGUCUGCUGAAUAGGAGGCAUAGAAGUAUAGGGUGUAAGUUGUUCCAGGUCUCUUUUGCUACAGUACACAGGCCUUAUUAUGAAGAUAACAGACUCGAAGACAGAUGUACAUAUAGGCUUAUUUAGCAUAAUUUCAUGCGAAAGUAGUGGAUCUAUACGUCUAUAAGCUACAAAUAAAUGAAAGCAAUGGGGUGUAAGUUCUAUUGCUUAUCAAACUGAGCCUUUUUGUCACGACUCGUAUUAGUGGAGCACUGUCUUCAACUCGCUGUUAAGUGUAUCAGCCCAGUGUUGUGUUGCCAUGGGAAUUCUGUUUAUAUUACGAGAAUGCUUCUGACAGUUUCAUCUGAAGCCACAAACAGUAGCAUUACAGCAUGAUGACUAUGAUGAUGAUGCAACGACUCAUGUGUCAUCAAACUCAGCAGCAGCAGCAGCAACAACAACAACAACAACAACAACAACAAAGUCAUUCAACACAACAACAACAGCAACAAAUCUUACAGCAGAACUCUUCCGGAACCAAUUCCACGUCUGGUUCCAUCCGUUCUUUAACACCUCCGCGGCUUCUUACCUUCAGUCACCAUCCGUUCCACCGCGUCCACAGCGGCGACUCCUCUCCUACUAUCGAUACUCGAGUUAGAAAUAUCGAACCGGUAGAGAAUCGGAGUAGAAACAUCGAUACCGUUAGAGGAGACAGUGAUAAGGUUCUUGUGGACGUUUCGGCGGUUCCCACGAUGCACCAAGCGUCGGGUAUGAGCUGUACAGACGCUGCAAGCCCGCAACCUGACCACAGCGACACCGAAGCACUUCCCCGUGAAGACAGAACUAGAUCGAGACACUUCCGUGACGGCAGGGACGAAGAGACAGCAGAAUGCGAAGCGUUGGCAGAGAAGGCAGAGAUAGAGCAGGAUAUGGACAUUGAGGAAGACGAGGAGGAUUUAGAGAUGAACGAAGGAAGUGACGAUGAGGAGGAACUGAACGUAGAGGACGAAGAUCAGGAAGCAAAUGACCUUAUGUCGUCUCCGGUAGACCUGACAAAUAGACAUCACUCCAACGCGCGCCUAAUGUUAGCCAAUCAUAGGUUACUGCAGGCUCCUCCGGACAUCCUGGACUCACACUCCCCUGUCAUGUGCAACACAAACUCACUGUCGUCCUCACCAAAAGCUGAUGCGUCAGGGAACCUUGUAGAUAAGUCCUCGAGGCCUAACUAUAGAUCAGAGAGUGUGUCAAGUGUGGGGGUGGGGGGUCAUAACGGUGGAGGUCCCUCAACAACUACUGCGGGCAGUGCGAGGAGAAAUCUGGCAUUUUCUGUGGAGAACAUCUUGGAUCCGACUAAGUUUACGGGCCGCGGUCAUAUGCAGCAUGCGGCCGGAAGGUUAGUUUCCGCCCCGAGGCUGACGUCGGAAUCCGGGGGCCACGUCGCGGCGACGGCCUGCUGUUGGCGUCCGCAUCUCGACACGGCGUCUCCGGACAGGACGGACGAUAACUCAGGGAAAGAUCUUCUGCACGACCUGGAUGACACAAGCAGUAACAGGGAAGAACUAGGAAGUGACGUCAGCGACGAUCGAGACGGGAAGAGCAACAAUGGCAGCAACAGUAGCGGCGGCGGGGGCGGAGGAGGAGGCGGAAGUGGAAAAAAGAAGAAGUCAGGAAACAAUGGGGGCAGUAUUGGAAACGGUGGUGCAGGAAGUGACGGUAAAAGCGGGAGUGGUAGUGGCGGCGGCAAACCUCGAAGAGCAAGAACUGCAUUUACAUACGAACAGUUGGUAGCACUGGAAAACAAAUUUAAGACAACUCGUUACCUCUCAGUCUGCGAGCGACUUAAUUUAGCUUUGUCUCUAUCGCUAACAGAGACUCAGGUAAAAAUCUGGUUUCAAAAUCGGAGGACUAAGUGGAAGAAGCAGAACCCUGGGAUGGACGUAAAUAGUCCCACUGUACCUCCUCCACCUGGGCCUCCAGGUCCGCCAUUUCCGGGGGGCUAUUCCCACCAUCAGCACGCCGCAGCAGCCGCUGGCUUGCUAUAUUCCGCUGCUCACCACGUCCCAUAUCCGUAUCCUCUGCCUCCCGGUGCUGGGCCGCCCGCUUCACAGAGUUACACAGGACACCCUUACUUUCAUCAUUUGAGCAAUCACCACUCACUAGGGCAUUCGUCGUGAGAUUGCGAUAGCUUCUUCAAGGUGAAACUUCUUGUAGUACAGAAGGGAGAAGAAGUGAUACCAUUCUUUUUCGUAAGAUCAAAUUUAUUGGAAUAGGGGCACAGUUUUAAGAGGUUUCCGUUUUUACGACACGAUGAUUCACAGGAAAUCCCGUCCUCAAUCGGAUCGUACCGGAUUGAAGCGCCGUAAAUUGUGCCCAAUUUUCCGACAUGCGUAAAUUCAUUAUGUCCGUUACAUCGAAACAUGCGUCAACAUACAAAUUCUCGUGUCGCAAAUCCGCCGUAAAUGGUAUCGUUUUAUGCCGGAGAGGCUUUCUGCUCCAGACUUGCUAGGUAGGGCUUACUGUCUGACGGGGGUGUAACGGAGGGCUCACUCUGGUAACGGUCAUCUGAAGUCACAUGCUACGAACUGGAGUUCCCCAUAGGCAUCCCAGCGUACGGCUCUAAACUGCGGCCACAGAAACAAGUCCCCUGCAUCAACCCACCUACGUAUACCUCCUUCAAGAGGUCAUGCUUCCCCUCCAGUCAUCUAGCUCUACAUGGAUGUUAGUGCUUUGGGCUCAGAGACACUGGUGAGGGCGGGGGACUGGAUUGGGGCACAAGAGUAUCCAGAGAGGGGGCAUUCUCGAGGGCUGUCCUUUCCACCAACUACGGGAUUUCUUCCGUGGCCUUAGUAUAGCUGAAACAAACUACGCUAUGUCACAGUACACUAACCAAGAUAUUUCCAACGGGGACUUUAAAUGACUAACCAAUGCAGGUCUCUAGGAAAGCGAUUUACACGUAUAACGGAAUCUCAAAGGAUCUUAGUGUUUCUUUUUCGUUUCAGACAGUUUUCGCUUAAAAUAGGUGGGCUCUAUGCGUUCAUUAUCACAUUACGGUCAACUGUAACACGAGUUCUUCAUGUAGCUUAAGAUUAAUGUGUGUCCCUACAUGUUUCGACAUCUACAAUGUCAUCUUCAGGAGAAUACAGGAUGAUACAACAUACAAACUAAUGUCAAGGUAGUUAUCUGUGGUUGUACCCGACUUCAGGACUCGUUAAUUUGUUACGUUGCUUUACUGCACAUAACACACAUAAUAUAUUACAUACCGUACAUUAACUUUGGGGGACGCGGUAGCGUAGUUCAUUGAUGCACUAUGCUACAAGCAGGAAAGCUGCAGGUUCGAGU